AUGAAGAACUUAACUUUAAUUUUUGUAAAACUGGUAAAGUACCUGAAAAGUUUAAUAGUUAUGCAAGAAACACAAGACAUAAUAGUUGAAGAAUCUAAUUUGUUAGUCACUCAAAAACAUGCAGUUUUAAACACCACUCCUGAAGAAAUUCGUGCUUUUAUUGGAAUACUUAUAUUUAUGGGUUAUCAUGAUGUACCUACUAUUCGAUUGUAUUGGUCUACAAAUCAUAAUUUUUUCUGUCCUAGAAUAGCAAAUGUCAUGCCAUUAAAAAGAUUUUUAAAACUGUUACGUUACAUUCAUUUAAAUGACAAUCAAAAGAUGCUACCUCGUUCAUCUGAAAGUAUUGACAAAUUAUUUAAAAUUAGACCAUUAAUUGAUCACCUUAAUAAUAUUUAUAAAAUUUUAUACAAUCCUUCUCAAAAUUUAUCAGUAGAUGAGAGUAUGGUUGCAUAUACUGGCAGGUCGACAAUGAAGCAAUACAUGCCCUUGAAACCAAUAAAGAGGGGAUUCAAAGUGUGGGCUAUGACCGACUCUGCAACAGGUUACUUACUUAGUUUUGAUGUAUAUACUGAUAUUGAUUUGUUUGGUUGUGGUACGUUUUGCAUCAAUAAAAAAUUUUAUCCUAAGCAUUUGAUGAAAAAAGAUUCGCUAUACAAACCAGGAGAAAUAGAAUUUGCUCAAAGUGAAGAUGUAAGUGUUUGUCGAUGGAAAGAUCGAGGUAAAAAACCAGUUACAGUAAUAAGCAACAUGCAUGAUGCUUUAUCUACUGAGAUAGUACAUAGAAAAAAUAGCAUAGCUUUAUUUUUAAGCAACAAUGUACCUUCUGAAUCAACAUUAAAUGACCAAAAUAUUUUUGAGGCGGAAAUCGAAAAAUAUAUUCAAAUUCCCAAAGCAGACCUAGAUUCAGACCAUCUUGCUUUGUGGAAAAUAUAUAAAUCAGAGUUUCCAAAUUUAUCUUUAUUAUCAAGAAAAUAUUUAUGUAUACAAGGCACUAACGUACCUUGUGAAAGACUGUUCUGUUAUGGAG